AUGGAACCUUCUCGUAUUGAUCAUUUGAAACGUGGUGUCAUAAUGGGUAGCGCUGUGGGUGUUUGUUUGGGUCUGGCAUUGGGAACAUAUCACAUUUUUAGAUAUGGAGCAGGCCCGAGAGGAUAUGUUUCUACGCUUGGUCAAUAUAUGGUAUCGUCAGCUGGUAGCUUUGCAUUAUUCAUGGGAAUUGGUUCGGCGAUUCGUAGCGAAGAACAACCAAAGAAUGUCAUGUGGAAACGUCAUUUGGAACAACAUCAAAGAUUUUGUCAAAGAGGUUUUGCUAAUUUACCCGUUGAAGUUUUAGAGAGGAAGCGUUGGGAUAGAAAGGUCGUGGGAAUGUAA